ACUCGAUAUCAAACAAAACAUUUUAAAGUGCAUCGAUGAUGUCAAACGAAAAGGGUGUUUUCAUCUUCUCAUCGCGAUAAAUCGAUGACCAAUCGUCCUAUCAGGUGACAAAUAACAAAGUUGAUAAUGUAAUGCAUUUUAAAAACUUCACCACAAAUAUUUAAUGUUAAAAAUGUCAGAUCAUCAACUUGAACUACCCGUUCAAGAUACAGAUUUGGUAUCUAAUGAUUCAGAUGUCGAAUGUUCCCAAAGUGUUUGUUCAGAUACCCACAGUGAUAACACAUCAGCGUCGGGUUUAACUGAAAAAAGCACGCUUUCUGAGUCAACGAUUCAUGCCUUAUCUGGAGGUAGUGAAGGUGAGGCUACUGGAGGCACAGCCGUUUCUCCAGGAUCAGAGAGAAAAGCUGAAACUGUUGUUGCUUUAAAUAGAGGAAUGCUUCUACCAUGGGGUGCCCAAAAGGAAAGAUCACCUCAUUCUGGGCAAAUAGAUAUGGAAAUCAGGCCGGGAGAGUUUGUUAUGAGAAACCUAUUUGCAGACUUUACUGUCCUGGCCGAAAAAAAAAUUGAAUUUGUAAUGACAGAACAACAGGAAAAACCAUUAUCAAAAACAUUGCAAAGAGGGGAAGAUGCUCAGUUUGAUCAAUUGUUGAGUGCGUUUGGAUCAGUAGCAGAACACUGUUUGCCAUCUUUGCUCCGCGCAUUGUUUUCGUGGUAUGAACGGCAAAUGUCGGAGGUAUCGAAUCCCGAGCAGAAAAAGUCUGAUAUUAAACAAAAAAGUAUAAUAAAUAUAGUGGCAGGCAACACAACUGAGACAGUAGAAAGGUCUGAGGCUGAUAUACAAAAGGAGAAAAGAGACUUAGCCGUAGAAUUUAUAUUUUGUUUAGUUUUAAUCGAAGUCCUGAAACAGAUGGGAUUGCAUCCUGGACACGAGGAUUUGGUUCAGUACAUAGAAAAUUUAGCUCUUAAACACUUUAAAUAUCACGAGGGGAUACAAAAUAGCCCAAACAGUGCCAAUAUUCACAUGAUAUCUGAUCUCUAUGCCGAAGUAAUUGGGGUAUUGGCACAAUCUAGGUUUAUGUCGGUUAGAACAAGGUUUAUGGCAGAACUGAAAGAACUGAGAUCAAAAGAGUCUAGUCCAAGUACAACUCAGAGUAUAAUAAGCUUACUAAUGGGGAUGAAAUUCUUUAGAGUUAAAAUGGUACCAAUAGAGGAGUUUGAGGCUUCGUUCCAGUUUAUGCAGGAAUGUGCCCAAUAUUUUCUGGAAGUCAAAGAUAAAGAUAUAAAACAUGCUCUAGCGGGCCUGUUUGUUGAGAUCUUAGUUCCCGUCGCUGCGGCGGUUAAAAACGAGGUGAAUGUCCCUUGCUUAAAGAACUUUGUAGAAAUGCUUUAUUCGCAAACACUGGAUGCGAGCACGAAAUCUAAGCAUCGGUUGGCUUUAUUUCCGCUAGUCACCUGUCUGUUGUGUGUUAGCCAGAAACAAUUCUUUUUGCAAAACUGGCAUUACUUUUUAGCCAUGUGUUUGUCUCAUCUAAAAAACCGAGACCCCAAGAUGUGUCGCGUUGCUUUAGAGUCGUUGUAUCGUCUUUUGUGGGUGUAUAUGAUAAGAAUUAAAUGCGAAAGUAAUUCCGCAACCCAGUCGAGGCUGCAGAGCAUUGUGAAUUCGUUGUUUCCCAAGGGGUCUAAGGGUGUCGUGCCCAGAGACACCCCUCUGAAUAUUUUCGUGAAGAUCAUCCAGUUCAUAGCUCAAGAACGGCUAGAUUUUGCCAUGAGAGAAAUUGUAUUCGACCUACUCUCAGUUGCUAGGCCUGUUAAACUAAUUUUAACACCGGAAAGAAUGAGUAUAGGACUGAGGGCCUUCCUGGUGGUAGCUGACAGUUUGCAACAGAAGGAAGGCGAUCCGCCAAUGCCAAGAUCAGUCGGCGUUUUACCGAGCGGUAAUACUCUGAGAGUACGCAAGACUUUUCUGAAUAAAAUGUUAACGGAAGAUACCGCGAGAAGUAUCGGCAUGAACGCUUAUUUUCCCCACGUCCGUCGAGUAUUUGUAGAUAUUUUGAGGGCACUCGACACUCAAUACGGCAGGCCUUUAAUGAUGACUAAUACUCAAAACGUUAAUAAAGAACCAGACGAGAUGAUCACGGGGGAAAGAAAACCAAGGAUUGAAUUAUUUAGAACUUGCGUUGCGGCUGUUCCACGUUUGAUACCCGAUGGUAUGACCAGUGGUGAACUCGUCGAUUUACUAAGUCGACUAACCGUUCACAUGGACGAGGAAUUGAGGGGACUUUCUUAUUGCAGUUUGCAGAGUCUUGUUGUUGAUUUUCCUGACUGGCGUCAAGAUGUUUUGUGGGGUUUGACCCAGUUUGUCGCUAAAGAUGUUCUAGAUACUUUCCCGCAACUUAUGGAUCAUGGGUUAAAAAUGAUUUUGACUCUAUUAGGAGCUUGGAAGUCUGCUAUAUCUAAUAAUACCUUUUUGCCAAAUACAACUUUACGAAUAGGGAAAGACUACAAUGACUUGAAGGCAGGUCCACCCGAUCCAAACCUUACGAAAAGAACAGACGUUGGAAAAUCCGAACCGUUGUCAUCCGUGCUUCAUCUAGUUGAAGCAUUAGCGUUAAUAAUGUUAUGUAACUACAAGCUCUCCACUAGAAGGUUGUCCGUUUUCAUCCUAAAAGAAGUUAAGUGUCUGUUGAAGCUUUUAAAUUGUUCCGAAAACCCUCCAGUCAUUGACGUUAUGGACCAAUGUUGCACCCAAGUCAUAGAGAAAUGUUUACCGUUGUUACCGCCCGCUGAGAAAACAGCGAUACAAGCAGCGGGCAAUAUCGAUCUUCAAUGGUUAGCAGACAGAAAUUCAUCAAUUUGGACGGCUGGACUAUUCGAGGAUGGCGUAGUGAAAAGUUCCGCCAGCUACAAUUUUAGUGUCGUAGAUCCUUGGAGCCUGUGUUACUUUGGGUUUCUGGAAAGAGAUAGGUUGUUAAGUUUGUGUCCGAUUAUGACUAUGCAUUCCUGGCCGAUAGUUUUCACAAGACUGAAUGCACUGUAUUCUGUUGUCGAUCCAACGCCAUUAAAUGAUAAUAGGGCCUCUUUGUUAAGGAGCGCCACUGCUAUUAAGAAGCCCCCGACAGAACGCGACGCGUAUAUGCAUUUAUGGAAAAACUAUAUUACUUUCGCAUUUAGAGUAGCGCCUCUCAUAUCGAAUCCUAUUGUUAGGUGUGCUAGCCCAGAUCUUAGUUUAAGCUCUUCUCCUGAUAGCUUAAAUGCUGAGAAAACGGACAAUAAAUUAUGCCCAUCGAGUAUUUCCCCUUCGGCCCUUUAUAAACUCGUAGUACCGCAUUUGCGGUGCGAGGUGACCGAUAUAAAGGAUGCUGCAGUCUAUGCCAUUGGAAAUAUUAACGGUUCUGCUCUGAGAGACCUCUUGGAGGAACUGGCCGUUUAUAUUCGUGAGGCGAUAGACAAGAAACAAGAGAAUGUCAGGAGAAGGCGAAGAAGAGAUGCGUUAAGACUGCAACUUAUGAGACUGUUGGAAUAUAUCGCUGAAAAUGGUACAUUUGGAAUUAGUCCUUGCGUGUUGGAUAAGGACACUCAGGCACUUCAUCCUGUAAUAGUUGAAUUCAUAGAAGGAGUACGUUACUAUUUAGAGAACGAGCCUGAUAAGAAUUCUAGCAGCGUAAGAGAUUUAACUUUACAUUUUUGCUACUUCAUAAGGAAGAUGAUUAAGAAUUUUAGUCUGGAGACGUGUAGAAGUCUGCUGAAGAGAGAUCUUAGACGCAACUUAUUUACGUUGUUCACAAAUUGGGUAGGAAAAUAUGGAAUUCCCAAUAACAAAACGACACAGUUAGAAGGGGAUAUGUCAAACAAAAAACAUAUCGAACUUCAGUUUGUGUCUUUGCAAGCCAUGAGUUCAUUGCUGUGCUGCGGUCCGUGCUUUGACUCAUUAUCUGAGGAAAGUUCGUAUUAUUCUUGGCUGGAUGGACUUUUAAACAGCUCCGAUGAAAAAGUGUAUAAUUUGGCUCAAGAAACUGUGAUUUUACUUUUGGAAUCGAAUCCCGAUGUGUCGCCGUUGUUGGACUGGGUAGUUGAUAAGUGUUACACCGGAACAUCUGUCGUUGCAGAUGGCUGCUUCCUCGCAUUGGCAACAAUAUUCAGUGCCAGGGAAUACCCGUGUGAUCAUUACACUGCUAUUAUCAAUGUUACACUAAUGAAUACCGGAUGUCCCAGACAAGUUGUCCGGGAUACUGCCUUACAACUUUUGCAAUUGUUAGAUAAAAGAUUUUUCGGUUGCAUCGGGCCUUUGGCUGAAAAUGAUUUAGCCGAGGGAGAUAAGGGAAGAAGCACGUUAGAUGUGAUAUUAGCCACUACAUAUUGUAGGUCACAAAUUCAUUUGUCUCGACAAUUAGCUCUUUUGCAUCCUGAACUGACAAUGCCAAUGUUUUCUGAAAUUACAUACAGAUUCCAAUCAGCACGACCAGAAGUGAGACAAUUACUUCUUCAGUAUUUGUUGCCUUGGUUACAUAAUAUGGAAUUAGUAGACCCUAACAUUCCUCCAAGUAAUGCACAUAUGUAUCAGUUUUAUGCAAAUGAGAUGGGUGCAGAACGAAAAGACGGGUGGGGCUCUGCGGAAGCUACCGAAAUGGUACUGAAUAAUAUUUUUUAUAUAACCGCAAAGUUUGGUGACAACCAUCCGAAAGAGAUUGAAGAAGUGUGGGGCACACUUUGUACAUCUUGGCCAAACAACAUGAAGGUUAUUAUACGGUAUUUGAUAAUUGUAUCUGGAAUGGCACCAUGUGAACUUUUACCAUAUGCAAAACGAGUUGUUCUGUAUUUGGCGAGGGUCCAACCUGUACGCCUACUAGAUGAAAUGAUGGUAGAGCUACAAACAGUUGAAACACUAAAUUGCCUCAUAGAAAGGACAGAAACACCACCAUUUUAUAGACUUACCGUGAUGAGAAAAGCGUCUAGUCAUUCGGAUGGUACAAAUGGAGUUCCUGGACAGACCGAUUCAAGUAGUAGGAACGAUUUGAUUUUAUUUGAAGGCAUAGAAAAAGGAACAAUACAUACCAAACGACACAGUGGAGAAGAUCCGUCAAAAAUGUCAAUUGUGAAGUCAGACUCGGCAACGAAUGUCUUUUCCGAUUUUAAUAUGUCCCGUCCAGACAAACAACGAAACCAAGAUGACAUGACCAACUCCCUAGAAGAGGUCACUAGUGGGGAAGAUGUUAUGUUACGUGAUAAAAUAGAGAUGCCUUUACCCCAACCUCAUCCUUUACCCAUGCCAGAAUUCGGCGGUUAUUUUGCCCCGCUUACUGAAUAUUUACCUGACAGCUCGCAACCCAUAUCUGGUUUCCACAGGUGCAACGUUGGUGUUAUGUUACUGUGCGACAUAGUCGUCGAUGGAAUAGACCUAGACUGGACAGUACAUAUUCCUUUAAUGUUACAUAUAUUAUUCUUAGGUUUAGAUCAUACCCGGCCCCUGGUAUACCAGCACUGCAAGCAGUUGUUGCUUAACUUGCUGAUUGUAUUGGCUCAGCACAACGACCACUUAACCGUUGCUCAUAUUUUAUUGAAUAGCAAGACCAAACAGUUAGGCCUAGGUUUGUCGACGCCCGCUUUGCCGGUAUUCAUCCAUGCGUUUACAGAAUCUGACGCUGUCUACAACGAAUUUUUACAAAAUCCGACCAGCUUGUCGGGUGCUGGGGAGGUAGUUAAUAAAAAUAAUGUCCAGAGUUUGCAAAGCAUACCUUCUAAAGGGGAGGAUUCAGCAGAAGAAAAAGAUAGUUCUAUUCCUCCAGUGAUAGUUUUGCCAGAGAAUACUGAACCAGUGGCACCCAUUAACAAAGUCGAGCUAACGGUAUCAGCGAUAAUAAAGUCGUUGAUAGAAUUCCUUGCUACCAGACAAAAUACUUCCUUGUGGAAUUACGAGGACAUUACAGCAAAAGUGUGGACGAUAAAAAGCGCCGAACAAAUUGACAUAUUCUUGCAAUAUAUUCUAAAAGUAUUCAGAGAAUCUCUACCUACUGCUCAUAUCAAUGAACGAUGGGCACAGACAGCUUUGCAGUUAGGAUUAAGUUGCUCGUCGAGGCACUACGCGGGCAGAUCCUUGCAAAUUUAUAGGGCUCUAAGAGUUCCCAUAACCUCGAGAAUGCUUUCCGAUAUUUUAAGUCGUUUGGUAGAGACGGUUGCGGAACAAGGUGAAGAUAUGCAAGGUUACGUAACCGAAUUAUUGCUGACUCUUGAAGCCGCUGUGGAAUCGUUGGAGUCGGACUUCCGCCCACUCGAUUUUAUGAAGGACUUCUUCAAAUCGACCCCUAAUUUGAACAACAAGGACGCGAUGCCCUUCAAACGCAAUCCCGAAGGAUCUCCUGCGAAUAUUAACGGAGUGCCUCUCUACGGUCACUCCACUUCUGCCGGUCAUGCUAGAAGUACCAGUUACUCCGUGUCGUACGGUCUUAGAAAGAACGCCCAGUCUGCCUCAGAGGCUAAAGACCGUAAUAGACUCAGCAACGAAAUAGAACACAGAAGUGGGAUUAACAAGUUCUCCGCGAAUUUGUCGCGUUCGAGAUCGGCGCAAAGCCUGAAAUUGUUAGGAGACACGGCAACCCAAGAUGACAAGUUAACCAUCUUGGCUCAGUUGUUUUGGUUAGCUGUGUCACUUCUGGAAUCUGAUUAUGAACAUGAAUUCCUGUUGGCCGUUAGACUUUUAACAAGUGUUAUGCAUAGGUUACCGCUUGAUAGACCUGAUGCCAGGGAUAAGGUGGAAAAACUGCAGUCACAGCUUAGGUGGAAUUCGUUUCCUGGGGUACAUGCACUACUGCUAAAGGGUUGCACACAUCCUAAUAUAUACGAACCUGUAGUAGCACUCCUAUCACAAUUAACACCCCUCCUCAACUUUGUUGUCGUCGAUCCGUCUCAGAGCAUAGCCUUUCCAAUGAAUGUGAUAGCUCUCCUUCCUUACAUGUUACUGAAUUACGAAGACGCCAAUGAACUCUGCAUUAGAGCUGCUGAAAAUAUCGCGCAGGUCAGCAUAGAAAAGAGCAAAAAACUGGAGAAUUUGGGCACUGUCAUGAAUUUAUACAGCAGGAGGACUUUCAGUAAAGAAAGCUUCCAGUGGACAAAGUGCGUUGUUAAAUACCUUCAUGAUACAUAUUCACACUUAAGCUUGAACAUGCUUUCGUUCUUGAUUGAAGUGUUGGAAAAGGGACCGAGCAAUCUUCAACUGCCCAUAUUAAAUAUUAUACAUUGUAUCCUGCACUAUGUGGAUCUGGCAACUGCGGCAGCUCAGCCGGUUAACGCAGAUUUGCUCAAAGUAAUCGUUAAAUAUAUCGAAGGAGUGAACUGGAAGGAAGCCCUAAAAAUUUUAAAACUGGUGGUUAGUCGAUCAAGUUCUCUGGUUGCCCCUCCUAUUUCUAUACAGUCACAUUGGGAGAGUACUUUGACAGCAAUGCCACAUCCGUCGUUUUCUGAGGAGAGCGUGUUUAACAAAAAGGAGUUACCAGGGAGAACUAUGGAAUUUACUUUUGAUAUGUCGCAGACUCCCGUAAUUGGUAGACGCUUCUUGAAUAAAACUGAAGAACUGACCACAUCCAAAACCUCUGCGACUCCUAGGCGGUCUUGCUCGAUAAGUCCCGCCGAUGCGUCUCCACAGUCUGGUUGGAAAAGACCGUGGAUGUGUCAGGGCCGGGUACGAGAAUGCCUUGUGAACCUGUUAACGACUUGCGGACAGAGAGUUGGAUUACCCAAGAGUCCAUCGGUAGUACUAACUUACAUAAGUAUACCAACGCUUCUUACCUCAAAUGUUGAUAUUUUGGUUAUAUUCAGUCAGACGUCUGACUUAAUCGAGAGGCAGUCUAGUAUGGCCUCUAGCACCGAAGAGGUGUCCGCCGGUAAUAACGAUAUGAGCGGUGGUUCGCGAAGGGACGACGCGGCGACUGAAUUUGGUGUUUUCAAAGAUUUCGAUUUCUUGGAAUAUGAAAGUGAAAGCAUAGAAGGUGAGAGCACCGAUAACUUUAAUUGGGGUGUACGUAGAAGGCCUUUGAGUCAAGGUGAAGACGAUCAGACUAAUAUGAAACAGCUCGAAGAUAGUCUUAGCGAAAAGACUCCCGUAUUGACAGUAAGAAAGCGGUUGCUGACGGAAGAGUCAUCGGACGACGAAAUUGGAUCGGAAUCCCCUCUGGAUGAGAUUGCUAUUGCACCCGAGUUUGACAACAGUACAAUAGAGAGCAGUGCAAUUUUUCCACCUUCCUCCUUGGCACUGAGAGAAAAUAAUUCUCAGGUUAAUUCAAGCGCUCGAUCAGAUACCAGUGGAUCUAGUGUUGGAGAUUUAGGUGAAGUGACUCCUUGUAACGCAUCACCCAAUUUAUCUGGCCUUGCGAGUAUCAGGGCGAUAUCCAAAAGCGACGUUUUAGAAAAUUGGUCGACUUACAUCCAAACAAAUAUGCCUCAGACCCCAGCCAAUACCUUACAAUUUUUCCAUCAGUUUCAAAAAUUGGUGGUGGAUAUAUGUGUGUCUGCUAUUGAAAUAACGAGAGAGUCUUGUACUUACAUGUCCCAGUCAGCAGUGAGUGGUUUACCAACGAUAAAACUAAUAAGUUCGAGAUUACUGUCUAUGAUCGACAUUAUUAACUAUCGUGUGUUGCCAAUAAAUUUGAUAUGGUUCAAUACGUUGGCGUUUAGCAAUUCUAAAUUCUUUGAGACGUUAAAAUAUGGGAUGUUGGAGGUACAAGAACACUUGGAAACGUUUUGCGAUAAAAAAGAACAAGCAACUAUGUACUGUGAUGCAGUAAAGACUACCCUAAAAUUGGAACGUUUAAGUGGCCAGCAAUCAGAUUUUAAUCAUGAAAACUUCCUAUUAGAUCUGGGAAAAGCAUUGUAUAAGUUGUACUUUCAACUUUUACUGUUAGUCGAAGCCGGAAAUAAAAUGGUUGGAAUCCUUCAUAACAGUUUAAAGACGGCAGAUUUUAAAGACAUUACUGGGGAUAUUCUGAUUAUAAAAAAUGCACUAACAAGGGCCUAUGAAGACACCGACGCUGACGGAGGAAUUUCUUCGUCAGCGGGUACUUUCACUAACACGGAGAGCGUAUUAUCAAAUUUGUCGAGGUUAAUCGAAAAUGAAAAAUGGACGUCGGUGAUUUUAUACUUUAAAUGCAAUAGAGAUGAUUUCUCGAAGGAACACGAAGAAUUGUUUGACAAAAGUAACGAUGUGAUUUCCAUUUUAAAUAUUUAUUGUAAGAAAUUGAUCCAUGACAAACCAGAAUAUUUUGUGAUAACGAAUCAAGAAUGUGAUUUGGCCGAUGUUUUUGGAAGACUGUUUCAGGUUUCUGCUGCGGUUUCCGAUUUAGAAGGCGUUUUAAAGGAUCAGCCUAACAAGCAAGUGGAAAGUCAAAGUAAAUAAUUUAAAUUCUAUAACGUAGUCGGUCACUUCUUGCGUCUAUUAGGCUGUUCUUGUUUUCCAAUUUCGAAUAUUAUUAAUAAAUAAUUAUAGCAGAAAUAUAAGUAUUUUUAGGAUUAUUAGGUACAUAUUACAGCAGGGCCUCGAUAAUCCGAACACCGAAAAUUUAUACCCUGUUCGGAUUCACGAAGCGUUCGGAUUAUAGUAUGUAGACAUUUUGAAAGGGAUUUUUCAAAAUAAAACAAAAAUAUUUUACAUUAUAAUGUAUUUAUUUAAGUAUGUACGUUAGAUGUAUGUUAGAUACAAUGCUAUUAAUCACACUUUUUUUAAAGAAAUUCCUUAAUCUUGUCCAAAAUCUCGCACUUUUGUUCAAUUGUUAGCGUCACAUGUUUUCUUUUCUUCGAUGUUGAGGCCAUGAUGCAAAUUUGAGACGCCAACACAAUAAAAUGGCGGAACGGCGCGCAGGCGGACGAAAAAGCGAUAAGUGUAUUAUCUAAAACGCACUGCGUGGCACUGGCGAGACAGAAACUGUGAGAAAUGGCGGUUGCGCAGAGGUAAGGGGGGUCGUUCGGAUUAUAGAGACGUUCGGACUAGCUGGGGUACGGAUUAUCAAGGCCCUGCUGUAAUUGUUUAAGUGUAAUAAGUAAUCAUAGUGUCACACAUUUAAUGAAUUAAUGAUAAUAAUAAAGCUGGAAAGUGAA